GUCUCGAGAAGCAAGCUGGCUCUGUGCACAGGUUUUGUUCAGACAAACGUUGUCAUCAACAUGUUCUACAAACUAUACCCCGGCGUCUUCAAUCUGUUUGGCCUAAUAGCUCUCUUCAGUUUUUGGGUGCCUUCGACCAACGGAUUCCAAAUUACGAUGAUUCCUAAAAGUCCAACGGCCGGUGGAUCAGUCCUCUUCGACGUCACUGGAAUUACCACGAAUAUAAAAAUCAUCAAUUGGUAUAAAGGGGGUAAUCCCGGCGCUGAUUACCAAAUAUUAAGUUAUCUUCCGGGUUUACCUAACCCAAUGACAAAAGGGGUUAAAUAUUUUCCUGAGGCCAGCUGCUUUCCAAAUGGCUCCUUGCAUAUUAUAAACCUCAAGAAGGCUUUUGAAGGUGACUACACGGUACAGAUACAAACGGACACUUUACAACAAGCCAAAGUGAGCCUGACUGUGAAUGGGAUCGGCUAUGUCGGGGUAUCAGCUCCUCUUCUCUUCCUAGGAGUGCUGAUAUCUUCAGCCCUUCAUAUGACAUAGGACAGCCUCGAAAUACAAGCAGAGGAAGGUUCUGAAAAACCUCCACUCCAACUCAAAGAACUGAAGAGCCAACCGACCCAUGUGCUUUUUCCGACCUGCGCACAGGUUUGGGCCGAAUUCCUCCAUAAGCAAACCGAAGACCAUCGCCAAUCGCCAGAAUAAUAUUCACGCUGACCUAUUGUGACAUCUUCUCAGAUACCCCCGCAAACAUAAUGGGGCUUUUACAGCAGACCCUCUUUACUGCAUAUUACUUGAGGGGACUCUGGUGAUUGGAACCAAGGUCUCAGAUGUCUGCUGGUUGCUAGAAUUAUGGUUACAGCUUAUUAACAUAUAGAGACGUCCACUACUGACGUAGGAUUUCGCUGCAUGAAUACCUAACCAUCUAAUCCAACUUUAAAA